AACCCUGCGGAAACCCUAGCAGUCCGACGAGUACCAACAAACAGACGCAGAGUUAGAGAGAGAGAUGGGAAGGUCUAGAAGAAAAUACAAGGCGUCAAGGCAUAAGGUUAAGGUUAGCCUACCGAAGAAGAACCCACGCGUCUUCAAGCCAGCCUUCAAUCUUCCUCCUAAACUUCGCUCUAUCUCCAACGCCGAUUACUCCAAAUGGGACGACAAGGCCAGCGUCAUACAGAACUACAAAUCCUUCGGUGUUGUUUCCAACCCUAACUUUCUUGGAAUUCGGUCUCGUACUUCUCACAUCAUUCAGAACGAAUCACUCCAAGUCCCUGAUCCCCCAAAGUCCGAGGGUGCCGCAGACGAAUUCGAACCCUUUGAUUCCGGCAGCGAUCUUGAGGAAGAUGAUUUGAAAUCAGCCCUUGGGAAGAAGCGGCGGGAUGGGAAAAGUGCUGCUCCACAACCACUGACGACCAUUCAACGUGUUCAUAUUGGUCGGCUAAUUGAGAAAUAUGGAGAUAACUACCAGGUCAUGUUCAUGGAUUCAAAAUUAAAUGUGAUGCAGCAUUCAAUUGCAACUCUUGAGAAAUUGUGCAAAAGAUAUCAUUCAUAUAAAGAUAAAAGCCCAUUGAUUUUGUCUUGAUUGAAAUUGAGGUUGUUUAGUCCACUGAUGUUGUAGUAAGUAUAAUGUGAGAUGCAGUACUUGUCCCAGGAUUAUUUCUGAGUUUUAUGUCUUAGAUCUUCAUUUUUUUGCCUCAUAUUUGUAAGUGUAUACAACCCUCUUAUAACUUCUCUUUUCUUUUA